CAUUAAAAUCAUAUAUCAAGUCAAUUUCUUACCGUUUCCCUUUUCUUCUCCUCUCCGACCGCCGUCUAUGGAGGCUCGCCGGCGAUCUCUUCACUCCUCCAAAACCUUCCAACAUGAGCCUACUGCCAAACCUUCCCCCGAUGCCGUUUCUCUUCCUUUGUACGUAACAAAUGCCGUCUUCUUCACCCUCUUCUUCACUGUCGUUUAUUAUUUAUUAUCUCGUUGGCGCGAGAAGAUCCGUACAUCCACGCCUCUUCAUCUCGUCACCCUCUCCGAGAUGCUCGCAAUUGUCGCCUUCUUCGCUUCCUUUAUCUACCUCUUGGGAUUCUUUGGUGUCGGGUUUUUUCACUCCUUUAUUCUUAAAGAGGAUGACGACAGCAACGACGUCCUUCUCAAACACGAUUCUAGAAAGUUAACUCCUUGCGCCCAAGCUCUUGAUUGUACUGUUUUUACUUCACCGUCACCACCUCUUGUUGCUAACGAAGACGAUGAGGAUAUAAUUAAGUCAGUUGUCGACGGAACGACGCCGUCUUAUGCGUUGGAAUCGAAAUUGGGGGAUUGCAAGAGGGCCGCUUCGAUUAGGCGUGAGGCUUUACAGAGAAUCACGGGCAAGUCUUUGACUGGUUUGCCCUUGGAGGGGUUUGAUUACGGCUCCAUUUUAGGGCAGUGUUGUGAAUUGCCGGUUGGUUAUGUUCAGAUUCCUGUUGGAAUUGCGGGGCCUUUGUUGCUUGACGGAAAGGAGUUUUCGGUUCCCAUGGCGACCACUGAAGGUUGCUUGGUGGCUAGUACUAACAGAGGUUGUAAAGCUAUUCAUUUGUCCGGGGGGGCGAGUAGUGUUCUGUUGAAGGAUGGGAUGACUAGAGCUCCUGUUGUUAGGUUUGGUAGUGCUAAACGAGCUGCUGAGUUGAAAUUCUUCCUGGAGAAUCCCGCCAAUUUUAAAAAUCUAUCUGCACUUUUUAACAAGUCUAGCAGAUUUGGCAGGCUUCAAAGUAUUAAAUGUGCAAUUGCCGGUAAAAAUCUCUACUUGAGAUUUACUUGCAGUACUGGUGAUGCUAUGGGGAUGAACAUGGUCUCUAAGGGUGUUCAAAAUGUUCUGGAAUUUCUCCAGAAUAAGUUCCCUGACAUGGAUGUUAUUGGCAUUUCUGGUAACUUCUGUUCGGAUAAGAAGCCGGCAGCUGUGAACUGGAUCGAGGGACGGGGAAAGUCUGUGGUUUGUGAGGCUACAAUUAAGGGUGAUAUUGUGCAGAAGGUAUUGAAGACUAGUGUGGAAGCUUUGGUGGAGCUUAACAUGCUCAAGAACCUUACUGGUUCUGCUAUGGCUGGAGCUCUUGGUGGCUUUAAUGCCCAUGCCAGUAAUAUUGUUACUGCCGUUUACAUAGCCACUGGUCAAGAUCCCGCUCAAAAUGUGGAGAGUUCUCACUGUAUCACCAUGAUGGAAUCGAUUAAUGGUGGCCAGGACCUUCACGUUUCUGUCACAAUGCCUUCUAUUGAGGUUGGUACAGUUGGAGGUGGCACCCAGCUUGCAUCUCAGUCAGCAUGCUUGAACCUACUAGGGGUCAAAGGUGCCAGCAAAGAAACACCAGGAGCAAACGCAAGGCUGCUGGCUACCAUUGUAGCUGGUUCUGUUCUUGCAGGGGAGCUGUCUCUCAUGUCUGCUCUUGCAGCUGGACAACUUGUUAAGAGCCACAUGAAGUACAAUAGAUCAAGCAAAGACGUUACUAAGGUUUCUUCGUAGGCAAUAAUAAAUCGUUCAGAAAUGGAAAUUCUCAGUUCUGGUGUAGAAAGGCAUAAUGAAGGAUAUCGAUGAAUCUUCAAGUAGGCAAAUAGGGAGGGAUGACUGGCAGCAUAAAGGAAAUUGUUUCUCUGUGUUUCGUGGUUUUUUUUUUUUUUUUCUUGGUUUCAGUCAUCCUUAGUAUCCGCAGAUUCUGUUCUGUAUGAUGAUAAUGACAACCACGAUGUGAAAGCUUUUAGUUCAUUUCCUUUCUGGAAUUACUUGACGUCAUAAGUCAAAUCUAGUACUUCAAUCAAUUGUACUAUCUAUUUACUCAUGAAUGAAUACAACCUUUAAAGCAUGA